AUCCGCCGUCUACAAAUGGACAUGCGCCGCAAGAUUGGUGUCAUAGCCAUCUUCGCCGUCGGUCUGCUUGCUUGUGUCGCUAGUAUCGUGCGUCUCGUGUACUCCAUACAGCUCACGCAGACAGCGGACGAGACGUGGGCAAUCGACCCGGUCGGCAUCUGGGCCUUUGUUGAAUUUACCACCGUCAUCCUUUCAGGCUGCUUUCCAAUCCUGCCUAGGUUCAUCCAGUUCAUCCGCUAUGGCCGCGCUGGGGCUCCGUUGCACAGCACCGCCAAACGCUCCUAUACCUUGGAAAACUCGAUGGCCUCGAAGAAGAGCCGGUCGGUGCCCCUGGAUUCGCUUAGCAGUAGACACGACGACAAUCUUCCACGCAAGUACAUGGAGAUCCGCGACCAGACGUCAGCCGUCUGAGAGGCGUGUGAGAUUUGAUUUGGCCCCCUCGCAUACGAGGAGAAAGACUUUGUAUUUAUAAGCAUUUGGAGAACACAUCUCUAUAUCAUCUCGACCACCAGUUUAUGCAGAAUAAAAUGUGGUUUUUUCACUCAAGGGAAGCUACAUCGACACGGCUGGGAAUACGGCUGGAACGAGGGUUUUGGCCAGUCGGUUAUUCUUCAUUUUCCUUUUCACAUGGAAGUGCAAACAGAUAAAUGACAAGAAAGCGGGUUCGUUGCUGAACUCUGUGUAUAAC